GAUCUGUCUUGGCCUGGGUUAGCGGUCGGCAAUAUCUUUCGGCGUCCUCGAGCAACUGUUCUUGUUACUGUAACAGGGAUAGACAAGCUAACACUGCCUAAGAAUGGAGUAUCUUACCCAGUUGAGAAUGCAGUUCCUUUCAGCCUGGAUGGUGUUGCAAAUUCAAUACAUACUUUGUUUUCUGAGGAAACCCCAGUAGUUGUCCAACUAGCUCCUAGUGAAGAAAGAGUUUAUAUGGUGGGAAAAGCAAAUUCUGUAUUCGAAGAUCUUUCUGUCACACUGCGGCAGCUUCGGAAUAGACUUUUCCAGGAUAACUCCAUUCUUGCUUCCCUUCCUCUCAACUCAUUGAGCAGAAACAAUGAGGUUGAUCUGCUCUUCCUGUCAGAAUUGCAAGUUUUGCAUGAUAUCACAAGCUUGCUUUCUAGGCACAAACAUCUGGCCAAGGAUCAUUCGCCAGAUCUAUAUUCUCUAGAACUUUCUGGGUUGGAAGAAAUAGGUAAAAGGUAUGGGGAAGAUUCACAGCAAUUCAAGGAUGCUUCUCAGAUUCUUGCAGACUCUCUGCAAAAGUUUGCAGAUGAGAUGUACAACCUCUACAGUGGGAAUGCAGUGGUAGAAGUGGUGACUGUGAAGACUUUUGACACUCCCUUUGUGAGAAAGUCCAGAUCUAUUCUACAGUCCUCAGAGAGCAAGCCUGAAAAUCCAUAUAAUCUAGGAUAUGCAUACAACUUUAACUAUGCUGUUGUCUUCAAUAUAAUUUUCUGGAUUAUGAUUGGACUUGCCAUAGCUGUGAUUGUCAUCUCCUACAAUCUCUGGAAUAUGGAUCCAGGCUAUGACAGCAUCAUUUAUAGAAUGACCAACCAGAAAAUUAGAAUGGAUUGAUCUUUAGAUGCAAACCUAAGAGGAGAAAUGCUUCAUCAGUAUUUUGGCAGCAUUCAAUAUGGACUCUUCAUAGUGUGAAUAUUUUUACGAAGUACCCAUUUGUGUUUUGUGAGGAUAUAUUAAAGUUUAGUAGUGGGUAUGGUCAACAUGCAGAGUUGAAAAUGAGCAGUACUACACAACCAUGAGCUAGUUCCUAUUGAAUAUAUAUAACAUUCUACUUUGUGACCGUGCAGUGUGCAUUUUGCUUUAGGGAUGCUUCUUUAUAUUGCUUAUGACUAAUGUAUAAAUAUACUGAAAUAUUCUAACACUUUUCUUACACUGGAAGUUUAGGAUGUUCUCUUAAUUUAUGUUGUAGAUGAACAAAAUAAUUUAUGAUGUAAAUAAUUCAAAUCAUAGGAUUUUAAUCCUAGUAAGGCUGAUUAUUCAAUGUAAAAGUUCCUUUAAGCAGAGGUAUCUUUUUAAAAUACAACCUUGCUGUACAUGUGUGUAUAUCUAUCCUAAUUCAAAGUGACUGUGUUUCUUAAAGUUCUGAAAUUAUUUGAAAGAAGAAAAAUACAUAUUGGUACAGCAGCAGUAUUAGAAAUUGCAGUAAUGUAGAAUCUUCUGGUAUUAAGUCACUGGAUUGUAUCAAUAGUCUCUGCUUUAUGAAUAGUGAAUUCUGUUGAAAACUUCAGUUAUAUUCUACAUUCUUCUAUAACGUGCUCAGUUAGUAAAUGGUACAUAGUGGCCUGGGUUCUUUGUCUCUGACAAGUACUUAUUUCAGUUCUUGACAUAUGCUGAAGAAACAAAAAGGGUGAAAUUUGAGUGGAAUGUUGUAUUCACAGGCAUCACAUGCUAGGUAUAACCAUAGCACUGAAGAUUAUAUAGGCCUUGACAUCAAGUAGAAUCUGCUUGCAGUGCAAAAUUAAUAUUAAAACAAAUGUAAUGGCUUGAGAUCUGUUUUAUGUAUUUGAAAGCUAGUUGUUAUGGUACAAUUGCACAGAUUCAUUCACUGUGAGGAACUAAAUAGAUAUGCUAUUAUAGAGAGUAUAAUAUAUUUAGCAUAGAGGGUCAACAAACACUCCAUCUAUAAAUGUACUUAAUAUGUUAUACUAGUAUAUACAUUAACAUCCUUUAAUUUAGGAGGUUUAUUAUCUUGGUAUAUUAAUUGAUAUUCAACUGCUAUAAUAGGGAUAUCAGAGUUUCUUCUAGAUCUUGUAGCUGGCACUAGUAUGCCAGGACUUGGUUAUUUAUGUUCUAGUUAAACUAUGACAGGUAUGUUUUCAGUGAAUGUAAACACUGAUCUGAUAUAGGUGAAAAAUUCCCCAUAUGCAUAUGACUGAAAAUACUUGAAUUCCAGUUCCAGCAGGGAGAAUCUUUCCCACUGUAGAAAUAGAUGUUUAAUUUAUUUUUCUUUAUUGUUUUGCUUUAGCUAUAUGUAUAGAAUGGUGAAUGAUAAUUUGUUUCUGAUGAAGCUGAUGUCUUAUUGUCUUUAAAAUUCCUCACAGUAAUUACUGGAAGCAUGAGGGGGUUGGACUGCAGAUCUGAAAUUAAUCUGAAGCUUGAGAAAACCAAUAAAUAAUAUUUAAUCUUAAACUGAUGUACUUAAAUGAGUUCCAGUUAGAAAACAGUCGAUUAUGGGCAUGAUACAGUCAAGAAUUAGGCACUGGUUUCUCUGUAGUUGUGUUCAGUUUAUAAAUUUUUCAAUAUUGAUACGAAUAAAAAGCUUUGUUAGUGA